UCAGUUAGAGAUCAUCGCUGCAUCAAAAUGCGAGCAUCCGGAGGAAAUGGAUUUUCAUUUUACUUGAUGUUUCUAUUGCUGUUAAUCUGCAAUUUGGAAAGUAUCUUAGGUGAUGUAAGCCCGGCAGAUGAGAAAUCGAUAGAACCAAAUAUUGGUACCAUUUGGGAUCGAAUUACAAGCGGAGUUAGAAAUUAUCAAUGGAAGAGUAAUAUCAUUGAGAAGGAGAGCCCAGAAACUACGAGGAGGAGAUCGGUUCUAUGGCAAAGACUAACGAUGGCCACAGUUCUUUAAUGGAUACAAGUAUUGCCUGAUGGAAAAUGUUAGAAAUAUGUCAACAAAUUGUUAUACAAUUCAGUGUGCAGUAUUGCAAAAUAAAAGAGCCCCUCGUUUAUUAAUCA